GUGGCUUUAAAAAGGACCGGCUGCAGCCUGCUCAGCCUAGCCUAAGGCAUGAGGUGAAUGGUCAUGACGAGGAUGGAAAUGAGCUACAGACAACACCAGAGUUCAGAGCACAUGUUGCGAAGAAACUGGGAGCAAUGCUAGAUGGUUUCAUCACUGUCUUGAAGGACUCAUCAGGACCUUCACAAACUUCUGUGCAACAGUCUGACUCUGCAGAUGAUGGUUUUCGCCUCUUCUCUUCUUCUGUCCCAGGAGACUCUGGGAAAUCAGAGCCUUGCCCUGCAGCAAGGAGGAGACAGCCAUCUAGCUCCAGUGACAUGGAUAGUGACCAAGAGUGGCAAAAGUACCAGGAGGCUGCUGUGUCAGCCGCAGACGUUCUGAAGCAAAGUGCUUUUCCUGCACUGUCUUUGGAUUCCAGCCAGGGUCAGAGUCAGGGUUAUGUAGAGCACAGCCAGAAAAAAAAGAAGAAAAAGAAAAUUAGGGGAGAGAACACUAUUCAAGAGAAAAUAAUGGACCCAGCAGAGUGUGACCAGAUCAGCAAAGAUUUGCCACGGUUAGUGUCUGCAAAUGGACAGCAUGAGAGACAGGACAGCAAUCAUACAGAGAACUCAGUGUUGCCAGAAGUUGUGAAGAAGAAAAAGAAGAAGAAAAAAAGAGAAUGA